CGCUGUCACUGUUUGGAGCUUUGACACGCUGAGCUAUCAGCUGUUUCAGCGCUAGCCUCCACUAGCUCCGCUAGCUAGCAUCAUAGCAGGGAAAGUCACCGUUAGCCACAAGCUAACCUGGACGCUGAAAUGCACUGGUGACACUGUAUCGGCAAGUUGAGGCUUAACUAAAAAAUAACAAGUGUCGGUCUUUGGUAUUUCGGGUUGUUGUGAGUGAGUAGACUUCUCAUUGCUGACCGUUUGCGACUAGCUAUCUAAGGUCCUCUGCACUGCCCUGACUUUGAUCUGAGCCAGAGAAUAAGAGGCUAACAUGGCGACCAAAGCAGGAGAUAACCCUGACAGCCUCAUGACUCUGGCUACGAUCUUCUGCCUGAGGAACCUUAGGAAGACCAUGUGCUACCAGGGCUUCAGGAACAAGCUCUGUCUGCGCUCCGACAUCUUCCUGCCCAGCGAGAUUUGCGACAAGCUGGUCAACACAUACAUGGAGUUGGUCCACACAGACAGUAACUUUGAACCAGAGGAGAGCUUCUUCCAACUAUUCUCAGACCCUCGAAGCACCAGAUUGACCAGGGUCCAGCUGAGAGAAGACUUUGUACACGACAGAGAUCUGGAGGCCAUUAAAAAGCAGGACCUGAUUGAGCUUCACCUCACCUACUGCAACAGUCUGUCGUCCCGCAGCUUGAAAACACUGACCUGCUUCCGUGAGACCUUGGUAUCUCUUUGUCUCUUCGGCUGCAGCCACAUCUUCUACAGGAAGGGUGGCGCCCCGCUCGCCUGCAACGAAGACACGGAGGACGAGGAGGAGGAGAGCCCUGCUUCCAGGCAGGCUUUAGAGACAGACUUUAACUUCCAGGGCUUCAACCGCCUCAGGUUGCUCAACUUGGGGGGCCUGCCUGACGAGGUGGAUGCCGAGACCCUGCUCAAACCCCUCAAGUCCCUCACCUCACUAGAUCUGUCUAAUGUACAAUUGCUGGGAACAGCUUUUCUCACCCAGUGGAAAGACAGACUGGCAUCUCUUGUUCUCUACAAUGUGGACCUGUCAGAGGAGUUGGUCAGUACAGUGGUGGAGAUCGUUAAUCUCAGGCAUCUCGAUAUCUCACGGGAGAGCCGGCGCACCUCGAAGUGUAAGAUGACCAGGAAGAUCCUGACGGCAAUCGUACAGCGUCUCAUCAACCUGGUAUCACUGGACAUCUCAGGUCACAUUAUGCUAGACAACUGCACAGUUCCACACUUUGAAGAAGCUAUGGGUCGGCCAAGCAUUGAGCCGUGCAAGAGCAGCAUCUAUCCUUUCCAGGAGCUGAAGAGGCCGCUGCAGUUUUUGGGCUUGUACGACACCACCCUCUCUAAUGUGACACACAUCCCUGCUUAUAAGGUGACUGGAUCAAAGAAUGAAGAUCAAGUCCUAAAUGCCAUCGAGGCUUACACAGAGUUUCGCCCUGAGCUGGCUCACAGAGCCAUCAACCAGCUGUUCGACAUCGCCAGGAUACAACACUGCAGCCAGCUGCUCCGAGCUCUGCAACUCGUCAUAACAGCAUUGAAGUGCCAUAAAUAUGAUAAGAGCAUCCAGGUGACUGGCAGCGCUGCUCUGUUCUACCUGACCAACACAGAGUACCGCAGCGACCAGAGCGUGCGGUUGCGCAGAGAGGUCAUUCAGGUGGUUCUGAACGGGAUGGAGCAGUACCAGGAGGUCACUGUCCAGAGGAACUGCUGCCUGACUCUGUGUAACUUCAGUAUUCCAGAGGAGCUGGAGUUCCAGUACAGUCGGGUUAACCAGCUGCUGCUGAAAAUCCUGGAGCCAGCCAGGCAGGACGAAUCGAUCCAGAGAAUUGCUGUGCACCUAUGCAAUGCUUUGGUCUGUCAGGUGGACAACCAUCACAAGGAAGCUGUGGGGAAGAUGGGAUUUGUCAAGACGAUGCUUAACUUAAUCCAGAAGAAGCUGCAGGACAGAAUGUGUGACCAGGUGAUGGAGUUUUCCUGGAGCGCUCUGUGGAACAUCACUGACGAGACGCCCGACAACUGUCAGAUGUUCCUCAACUGUCGGGGCAUGAGUCUCUUCCUGGAGUGUCUACAGGAGUUUCCAGACAAGCAGGAGCUUCACCGCAACAUGUUGGGGCUUUUGGGAAAUGUUGCAGAGGUCAAAGCACUGAGGCCACAGCUGCUCACCCCACAGUUCAUCACUGUAUUCAGUAACCUGCUGGACAGUAAGGCGGACGGGAUCGAGGUGUCGUACAACGCGUGUGGCGUGCUGUCACACAUCAUGUUCGACGGGCCGGAGGUUUGGUCGAUGGAAGAGCCGCGGAGAGACACUGUGAUGGACAAGAUGUGGGACGCCAUCCAGAGCUGGGACGUCAGCUCACGACGCAACAUCAACUACAGGUCCUUCGAGCCCAUCCUGCGGUUGCUGCCUCAGGGCAUCUCCCCCGUCAGUCAGCACUGGGCCACAUGGGCGCUCUUCAACCUGGUGUCAGUUUACCCAAGCAAAUAUUGCCCCUUGCUGAUUAAGGAAGGAGGAAUAAGUCUUCUCGAGAAGGUUUUGGAACUGGACAGCUCCCAGCCAGAGACCAAGGACAUGGCCAGCAAAGUAAUGGAGCAGUGUGAAAACUUCAAAGAAGACCCGAUGGAAACGAGUCAAGGCCAGGAGGUGAACUAUGGACAGAGAGGUUGACACCACAGACUCCCAGCAAACAUCAGACAAACCAACCUGAGGCCCCUCCUACUGUCACCACCACCACCACCACAAGGCUCACGUGUGUGCAUUACUAUUCUCAUUCAUAUUAUUUUGUAGAGCAGACCCUUUGGGAUAAAAUCAUACUAUAUGACACAUAGGACUUGUGUUUUGUUGUGAGGGUGCUGACCUCUGCUACACAUCAGCAUCUCUUCUGUUGGGACGGGUCUGUGGGAGUGGGUGACUGGUCUCUCUCACUGUGUGCGUGUGCGUGUUUGAGUGUGUGUGUGUGUGUGUGUGUCUGGCGUGUCAAAGAUUUAACGACAGAACAAAACAGUAUAGGAGUGACGCUUGGUUCUCAUUGGACGGUGACAAAGCCCUCCCCAGCUCACUACCAGUAACUGUAUAACAUUGAACAAAAGGCUGGAGGCGCGUCGUCGGCUCGCUCACCCUCAUUCAUUCUUGUGCAGGUUGACACAAUCUAUAUUAGCACGUAUGUGUGUAGGCUGCAGAGAAGCAUCACACCGAUGUUGACGCGAGGGGAAGUCUUCCCAGACUUUGUGGCACAAUGAUGGACUUCUUUGUUAUAUAUGUAAAUAUUUUGUUUGUCUCAUCCUUUUACUGUGUGUAUGUUUUAUAAUAUAACUGUAAACACUCAUGACUUUACUCUAUACUUCAAUUUGUUUAGGUUUUGAUUUGACAUUCAGUCAGUGCUAAAAAAAAACUAUAAAAACUAUACACAGAAUACCCGAUCAUUCAAAUGUAGUGUGGCGAUCCUGGAUUAUCUCUUCUGUAAAAGGACAUUUUUUUAGAUUUAGUUGCUUCUGUUUUUUAAUUAUCUGGUAUUUGAACCUGGUUAGCAGCACCGAGCUUCAACUGUAAAGUCAAAAGUCAAAGUAUGGAGAUGCCAUAGGCCAAUGCACAGAGACAUGAGACAUGAUCAUGAAUAAAUAGUUGGAAGAACUUAGACCUCAGUGUUGGACUUCACUCAUGCUCUACUAUCUGAAUGAUGCAAAUCCUUGCAGCCAGGUUUAACAUCUGGUGGAAAGCGUAAUAACCAGAAGGGUGGAGGCUGUUAUAGUAACAGUCUAGUGCACGUGGUUCCACUAUCAUAUCUGAUUUUAAUGUUCAAAGAGUAUUUGUUGGCACCUACAUUACCCAGCAUGCACCUGCCUCAGACAGCUCUUUGUGGGAGAUCUGGGUGUUCAGUGGUGGUAGUGGAGUGGAGAUGAGGAUUGGCCGCCAAACUUGUAGUCCAGGUCCCAACUGAUGCUGCCUCAAGCGACAUAAAUUGAUCAGAAUUCAGCCCUCAAGCUCAACUGUGCUUCCAUAAGCCAAGUUUGAUGCCAGAUAAUUUUAAAAAAAGGAGAUAAGCCAAGUUUGAUGCCAGAUAAUUUUUAAAAAAAAGGAGACAAGGCUGCAGGAAACUAGUGAUGUGCCAAUGAAGCCUCAUGAACCAUUGUCAUUAUUUUCUGAGCCCACUAGAUGGUGCUAUUGGUUUAAAGAAAAGGGCUGAAGCUAUGGUAACUGAGUGUGUUUUCAGCUCUUUGUUUAACAGAGAGCUCCAUCUAGUGGACUCAGCAAAUAAUGACAAUGGUUCAUGAAGCUUAAUUGGCACAUCACCACAGGACACCUCGUCCUCUAACAACACUUGAUGGUUUUUACUGGUCGGUCAACAUGCUGCUAACUAACAGCUUCACCUUUAUCAAAAGCUUCUCGUAAGUUUAGGACCAGAUGAAGCAAUAACUGAUGGGAGAGAAAUAGAAUAAUGCAUUAAUAUGUAUGCUUAGAGUUGAGUUGUUGGGGAUGUGCGGCCCUCGGAGCACACGGAAGAGGAAGCUGAUGGACUUUGAUCAUAGAUUCCUAUGGGCCGGCAGUAUUGCACACCAGAUUUGGAACAGUUUGCUGUUUGAUUGGAGUUGCCUACUGUAUUUUCAUCUUGGUUUAAUUCUUUAACCCUCUGGGACCACUAGGGACAUUUUCAGCCAUAUUUGUCUUUUUUUACUUUUGUUUUUUCAAUAAUUUCGGCUAUAAUACUGCAAAUGGCAUCAUUUAAAUGGAAUAAUGUUUUUUUUCUUGAUAUAUUUUGAAAUUCAAAUUUUAGAUUUUUCAAAUGGGCUUAUAAUACACUGUGCAGAAAUUCACUACCCUUUCAGGCCCUUAAGGCUAAAAAUGGCCACAUCCAAAAAAAUGCUAUAAAAACUUUACAGAUUAUUUUUUUUCUACUUUUUCUGCAUAAACCUCUUAAACAACUUCCACCCUGCUCAAAACUACCAAACAAUCAAUUAUUUUGAGGAUUUUUACCCUUUAAAUGCCAGUUUAAUUACCUGAUGUCACUGCUUUUUAAGGAAAAAACACAAAAAAAAGUUAUUUUCCAUAUAAUAAAUAUUUUUUGGCUGGGGCAUUUGUUUUUAUCACAGCUUUGGAUAUGUCAAAGAUAAGCCACAAAAUUGAUUUUGAUGCAUUUUUAGUUUUUGUGUAGUGUCAGAUUAAAAAUGUAAUGUUGUAUGUUUUUUCUUUGGUAGUUUCGAGCAGAGCGGAAGCUGUAGAAAAAAAUUGGAAAAAAAUAUAAAUCUGUAAAGUUUUUAUCACGUUUUUUUUUUAAGCGGACAUUUUCAGCAAGGGUAGUAAAUUAAAGUGAUUCCAGAGGAUUAAACAUUCUAGUAGUGAUGUGCCAAUGAAGCCUCAUGAACCAUUGUCAUUAUUUUCUGAGCCCACUAGAUGGAGCUAUUGGUUAAAGAAAAAGGCUGAAGCUAUGGAAUUGAGUGUGCUUUCAGCUCUUUGUUGAACAGAGAGCGCCAUCUCAGAAAAUAUAGAAAAUGGUUCAUGAGGCUUCAUUGGCACAUCACUACAUUCUAGUGUUACCAUUUAAAUUUAGUUCCACUUUAAUAACUUGCCCUGAAUGGUGCUGAAUGAGCAGUUUUGGCAGUAGGAUUUUUGGUGAUUCGUUGCACUCCUAAACCAGCGAUUGCCAGGACUGUAACGACAACACCGCUGAUUUUGCAUAUCCAAUGUGAAACGUAUUGGUCUAGAUGAACCAGAUAUAUUGAACAGUGGUUUCUCAUACGUGGCACCUCAGUGUGUGUAGCUGGUUCAGCCUCUGUACAGAGUGAUAUUCAUAAACACAGUUAAGGAUUAUGUUUUUAAGAUAUUUCAUAUCAGUCGUGUUGGGUUUACCCACUGACUCGAUUCCCUGGUUCUCAUGUACAGUUUUCCCUUUGUGUGAUUUUUCAGAGUCUGAUUGGUUUUUAUCACUAUUUCACAGGAAAUUAAUGUUGGAGUAAGCAGUGGCGUGAGGUGAAAAGCUUUUCUUGAGCCUCACUUAAUGUUUUUGGAAUUCAAAUGUGUGGAUAUGAAGAGAACUUACCACAAAUAUCCUAGAUAAGUAGAUGAUCAGUUUUCUAUCCUCCAUCACCUAUUCUCUCUAAUUUGAAAUACUUGAAUGUUCCAGUUUUAUGCUUUCCAGGAAGAAAUAAUGUCUAGAGCUGAAAACGGCCCAUCGAUGUCAGAGACAGCAGGUAGCUACUGUUGGGGGUUGACUGUUAUUUAUUAAGAUGUAUGUGCUUAAAUAAAGAAAAAUCAAUAAUAAAAAAAAAGUAAAAUACUGCUUCAGGGGAACUGCUGUGUCACAAACUGUUUCAAAUUUCAUCUACUAAUUUCAUAAUGUUUCUGGAGUCUGUUAUUGAUUUCUUUUGUAACUGCUGAUAAGUGUAAUCCAAAAUGGGAGUGAAGAAUAUUUGAUCAAAACCUGAUGGAGUUCCAGUUUUUUUCCUGUUCUAAAUAGUAUCAGGCCAUUAGUGUAAAGAUAUAAAUAAGCAAUAAAGAUGGAGUGGCAAAAAUGGGAA